UGAGUCGGAACCCGCAAGGCGCGGACUAAACGGAAGUUUAGACGGUUGCUGUGGGUGAAUGGUGAGCGUCUCCUUAAACCUAAAGUGAACUCCCUCCUCAGUGUUACCCCGUUUUCCUUUUCCCUCACCCAUGGCGUCGAAUUCUGACAUCGACAUUGAGGGAGCGACCCAGCAUCUUCGCGACAUCCUGAAGCUCGACCGUCCCGGGAGCAGCGCCGAUGCACAGUCAAGCGAUGGUCAGAGAAAACUGUCCUUUAAUGGGGAGCUGAACGGCUUGCUGGGAGCAGGUCUGCUAGGGAGCGCCGAUCGUUCAGUGAUGUCUGAAUCCACCAGACCCAUCUCCACAGACCUCAGCAGUGUUCAGGAGAGUCAGAGGAUCUGCCUCACAGGUGACGAUGGGACCACCUGCAUCCCCAUCACCUCGAGCAACGUGGAGAUUGUGGCGAGUCAGGACUCCAGCAUCAACAGCAAAGCACGAGGGAGCAACAAGGUUAAAAUUCAGCCUGUCGCCAAAUAUGACUGGGAGCACAAGUAUUAUUACGGCAGGCUGAUAGCCGUGUCCAACUCCUUCCUGGCGUACGCCAUCAGAGGAGCCAACUCUCAUGCUAUGAUUCGGGUUCUGAGUUUGGAUUUUAAUGAGCGCACCCUACUGAAGGGCUUCACGGGGGCCGUCACAGAUCUGGCUUUUGCCCACCUCGACUCCUCUCUGCUGGGCUGUGUGGACGAGGCGGGCAACCUGAUGGUCUGGCAGCUCACUCUCACUGGCAGCAAAAUACUAGAUCAGAUUGUCGUUCAUGUCCAGCGUCCAGAAGACACCCCGCUGAAUUCCCACCGUCGCCUCAUCUGGUGCCCCUUCAUCCUGGAUGACAAUGAGGAGAACCAGGAUGAUGUCAGCCAGACUUUGGCUCUUCUGCACGAAGACAGGGCUGAAGUUUGGGACAUUGAGGUUUUGAGAGCCAACCACAGCAUCUGGCCUGUUGAUGCCACAGAACUCAAAGAAGGUCUGAUCACGGUCAAGGGUCACACCCAGCGUGUUAGUGAAGGAGCGCUGUCUCCUGAUGGAACCGUGUUAGCCACAGCCAGCCAUGAUGGGUACAUCAAGUUCUGGCAGAUCUACAUAGAAGGUGGACAGGACAAGCCCAGAUGUCUCCAUGAGCUGCGACCUCAUGGAGGACGUCCUGUCUCCUGCCUUCUUUUCUGUGACAACCACAAGAGGCAGGACCCAGAGGUUCCUUUCUGGCGUUUCCUGAUCACAGGAGCAGACCAGAACCAGGAGCUGAAGAUGUGGUGCACCGUUUCCUGGACUUGUUUACAAACCAUCAGGUUCUCUCCAGAUCUGCUGAACUCAUCGAUUCUGCCGAGCCUCAAGGCCAGUUUGGAUCUCGCUGCUGAAUAUUUGAUUCUGACAGACGUACAGAGAAAGGUUCUGUAUGUGAUGGAGCUUCGACAGGACCUGGAGAAGGGGAAAGCCAGUUUCACGGCGGUGUCGGAGUUCCUGCUCACUCACCCUGUGCUUAGCUUCGGGGUCCGGGACGUCAGCCACAGCCGACUACGACACACCGAGGUCCUUCCUGCAGAGGAAGAGAGCGAGAGCAUGUCAGCAGAGGGCGCUCAAGGACCCACAGAGUCCAGAUCUGGGAUCCAGAUUAAGCUCUACUGUGUUCACACCAAGAGUUUGCAGGACGUCCAGAUUUGGUUUCAGCCUCACCUCGGUUCCAACUCGGCAGGUUUUCUCUCUCACUCUGGUUCCCAGGAAGGUCUUGCCGGGUUUUCAGACCAUCUCACAGACCAGAGCUCCGACAAGGAUUCAGGAAGCGGCUCACAGACGGACCUCCGAAAGAUUCUUCCACUUCCUGUCCCCUCGGACUUCCUGUCAAACGCGGCUAACGUCAGCGGAGCGAUGCCCAAGCUGAUGACCCCCGAUGCCUUCAUGACACCAAGCACCUCGGUUCCUGCGUCUCCUGGCAGCAGCGCCAGCAGCCUGACCGUCGUUACGGCCAUCAGCAGCAACUCGGACUCAACUAAUAGAGCAAUGGACGAUGUUAGCCAGAGUCCCAUCAGAGGAGACAACAGCAGCAGUCUGGGACUCUCUGCCUCCACCAGCAGCCCAAGAGCUGCUUCUGCCGUGCUGCUGCCCGGACUCGACGGCCUGCAGGCUCUUGCAUCUCCAACUGGUCCUCUGUCUCUGGACAGCCCUCAGGUCCCAGACUCCCCCCUGCUGCCCCCCAUGGCCUCCCCGACCCGGGCCCGCUCCCCCGAUGUCAUCUCGUCAGCCUCCACCGCCCUCUCUCAGGACAUGCCGGAGAUCGCAUCGCAGACCCUGCAGCUGCAGAGGGGACACGUGACCUCCCUGGAGACGCUCCCUCUCUCUGCUCUGCAGACGGACAGCAUGGCAUCUGCCGCUUCUGCGCUGCACAUGCUAACCUCACCGCGCACGGCUAGCAAUAACGGUUUGUUAGCCCUGGAGCUCGGAGGGGUAGAUGGGGCAGGAAGUGGACCAGCUGAGCCAGAACUCGGACUGGGAAACCAGCCGUCUCUUCUGGAAAACGCGUUGUCGCAGGAAAACCCUGGGGUGGUUGGAGGAUCCUCCGAUGGCAACAUCAGUCACACGGCAUGGCCGGCUGCUCCUGACAUCACCAGGGAGACCAGGAACAGCCUCCGGGACAACGGUCUGGGGGAGUGUUCAAGAGAUGAUUCGGAGAGGCUCCUGAGAUCACCUUUCCAUCGACGCUCUUUUCACCUCACACCCAAUGAUAAUCAGGACACCGGCGCUGAGCAGAGCGAUCCCGACGAUGAAAUCGCUGCUUUGGCGUCUUCGGCUGGGAGCUGUGGCUCUCGCUCUUCUCACAGAAUACCAGUUAAAGACUGGAAGUCCUCACCGCGAAGCUCGCCAGAACUAAAGAGGAGGACCAAGAAGGAUGACAGUGAAUCUUCUCAGUCCAGACACGUGGACCACUUUCACGUGGAAGCUCAGGACGAGCUGCUGGUGCUGCUGCGGGCCCAACAGAGGGAUUUGUCCGAGCUGUGGUCGCUGGUUGAAACCAUGCCGAGCGCCGUCGUGGCUCAGGUUGAGCACGUGCUGCUGAAGCAGCAGGAACAAGAACAUCGAAGACUGGAUCGGGUUCUGGCGGAGAGUCAGAACCAUCAGCAGCAACUUCAGGAGCAACUGGGCCAGCAGCUCAGCCACGCUCUCGGCUCGGCGCUGACGAACAGGAUGGACAAAGUGCUGCGAGAGGAGCUGAAGAAGACCGUCCCACAAACGAUUUCCAAGAGUCUGGAGCCCGUGACGGGUCAGCUGAACAGCACCAUAGCGGCUAAGCUGACGGCUGUGGAGGUCUCUCUGAAGGACAAUGUCAGCAAGGUGGUCAAAUCCAAGAACACGACCGAUGCGAUUGGGCGAGCAGCAGCCGAAGCCAUGCAGGGUCCGAUCCAGGCGGCCUACAAAGAUGCCUUCCAGAGCAUCGUGCUGCCGGUGUUUGAGCGAGGCUGCCAGUCCAUGUUUCAGCAAAUCAACGACAGCUUCAAGCAAGGAACGCACGAAUACAUCCAGCAGCUUGAGACCCACAUGAAGAGCAGAAAGCAGAGAGAGCAGGACGCGCGGGACCCCGUGAUCGGGCAGCUCCAGCAGAUGAUCGACAGCUUCCAGAGCUCCACGGAUCAGCUGGCCAGCAGCAUCACAGCCACGGUCCGGGCUGAGGUCCAACAGCAGAUGCAGAUCGUGGUGGGAAAUCUGCAGGAGUCCAUUCUCAGCCACAUGCAGCGGAUCGUCAAAGGGGAGGUGAGCCUGGCCAUGAAGGAGCAGCAGGCGGUGGUCACCUCCAGCAUCAUGCAGGCCAUGCGGUCAGCAGCUGGAACACCUGUCCCCACGGCGCACCUGGACUACCAGACGCAGCAGGCCAACAUCCUGCAGUUCCUCCAGCAGGGCCAGCUCAACCAGGCCUUCCAGCAGGCGCUGUCGGCCACGGACCUCAACCUGGUUCUGUACGUGUGUGAGACCAUUGACUCCCAGCAGGUGUUCGGUCAGAGCCCCUGUCCCCUCAGCCAGCCCGUGCUGCUGUCGCUCAUCCAGCAGCUCUCCUCCAACCUCUCCACCCGCUCCGAGCUCAAAAUCAGCUACCUGGAGGACGCCGUGAUGAACCUGGACCACAGCGACCCCCUGACCCGAGACCACAUGGCCUCCAUCCUGGGCCAGGUCAGACCCAAGCUCAUUGCCUACCUGCAGCAGGAGCCCCACAGUCCGCUCAUCAAGAGGGCGCGCCGCCUGCUAAUGAUGCUGCAGGGACUCGUCAACCACUAGUCCUGCGUCUGUCCACCGUGUCCCCAUGUCCCUACACACAAACGUGGAGGACGGAGACGUCUUUGGCCUGCUUCUACUGAACCGUUGACUCAGAGACCAGUUUCUGAAAGCAGCUCCGCCUCCUCCCAUCAUUCUUUCAUCUUUCUGCUGCUGGAUGAUUAGACCAGCUCAAAAACGAUUAUGUUCUCCGUAGACACCUGCUGUACCACAACAGCUGGUUCUGGUCGUCCCGACACUCCUUUGGUCUUCUACCGGCUACCGGACCUCCACAGGGGCUCGAAGAAAUCUUUGUUUUGGUUUUACGGCGUUUGGCCAAACCCCCACCAGACGAGGAAAGCGCGUCCCGUCUCCGUUUUGUCCUUCAGCGCAGACAGCAGGACCGUGUCCGUUUCUAAAGUUUAGCCCGGCAACCGGAAGUUUGUACGUUCCACAGCCUUGUUCUGUUGCCGGCGUCAUUUCCCUCUCAGCUAUUCCUCAACAGGCUGGAGGCGACGCUCUUGCCAACAAAAAUAUUCUUAUUUUACUCGACUGGCUUUAUUUUCAGAUUUAAUUCCAGAGAAAAUUUCAGGAUAAUAAACAAAAAGAUCUGAUUUCUAGAACUGGCAUUUGUUCUUUUUAAAAAGUGGAACAUUUUGAGUCCACUAAUGGCCGCCGUCCAUGUCUACAGCUUUGUGUUAGUCCCUUUUUAUAAAAGCAUUUGGCCUUCGUAAGCCCUGUAUAGUUGCUUUAAAGUUGUCAAAUAGCUCGUUUCAAAACAAAAACACGAUUGUUACUGAUGUUCUUUUCCCAGCAGGGCGCAGUAACCCCUCUUCGGCUCUAGGGGGCAGCACAGCAGGCUUGUAACCGCCUUUAGGUUUUGGAAAUCAUUGCUUUUUCUGUAUUUUUCAUCAAACAAGGAGAACUUCUGUGUUCAGGAUGGAAGCUUUGACUUGAGUAAAAUUACAGGCCGGCCGUUCGGUUGUAAAAUAAUAAUAAUAAUGAUGAAAACAGCUGUUGGUUGGAGUCCAGUGUUUAGUAACUGUUGGAUUUGUUUAGAAAGUGCCUUACUGUAUUUAAUCUGUUCCUGUCAGCUUGUAAGGUUAACCCCUCAGCUAGUUUUCACAAUAAGACUCAAACAGAACCACGACGGAGGAAACGUUUGUUUUUGGUGUCGGUCGAUCAGGAUCCAGGAAAAGUCCCGUUCCCACAACUCGGUCUCUCCACCCUGUUUACCUGCUGGUUGUUUAUGUUGUGCUGUUCAUAGUUUAUUUUACCCUCAACAUUUUGGAAUAAAAAUGUUCAAGUUA